AUCAUCGUCUUCCCUUAUUCUAUUUCUCCAUAUUGUUUCCAUUACCUUCCCAACUAUAAAAACUCACACCACUCCCACUUCUGGAAUAUUCACAACAGAGACCGAAAUCAAAGGUACAGAGUUCUCAAGAGAGAGAGAGAUCAAAAUAUCGAAGAUGGAAGGCAAAGAAGAAGACGUUAGAGUUGGAGCUAACAAGUUCCCUGAGAGACAACCAAUCGGGACUUCGGCUCAGAGCGACCAAGACUACAACGAGCCACCACCGGCUCCGUUUUUCGAGCCAGGUGAGCUCUCUUCAUGGUCUUUUUGGAGAGCCGGGAUCGCUGAGUUCAUUGCUACUUUCCUCUUCCUCUACAUCACUGUCUUGACUGUGAUGGGAGUUAAAAGGUCGCCGAGUAUGUGUGCUUCCGUCGGAAUCCAAGGUAUCGCUUGGGCUUUCGGUGGUAUGAUCUUUGCCUUGGUCUACUGCACUGCUGGUAUCUCCGGUGGACACAUCAACCCAGCGGUUACUUUUGGUCUGUUCUUAGCUCGGAAGCUGUCGCUCACUAGAGCUCUGUACUACAUAGUGAUGCAGUGCUUGGGAGCAAUCUGCGGUGCUGGUGUGGUUAAAGGGUUCCAGCCUAAGCAAUACCAGGCUCUAGGAGGAGGAGCCAACACUGUGGCUCAUGGUUACACCAAGGGAAGUGGUCUUGGAGCUGAGAUCAUUGGCACAUUCGUCCUUGUAUACACAGUCUUCUCUGCAACUGACGCCAAGAGAAAUGCCCGUGACUCUCAUGUCCCCAUUCUAGCACCACUCCCAAUCGGGUUUGCAGUAUUCUUGGUUCACUUAGCAACCAUCCCAAUCACUGGCACAGGCAUCAACCCAGCUAGAAGCCUUGGAGCUGCAAUCAUCUACAACAAAGACCAUUCAUGGGACGACCAC